AUGGAUUUCGUGGAUUCAAAUUCCAACACUGUGGUUGUAACUGGUUUUGGUCCCUUUAGACAGUACCUGGUUAAUUCUAGCUGGGAAGCAGUGAAGGAGCUGUCCAAGAGAGGUCUUGGUGAAAACAUAGAUCUCCACAUCAUCCAGCUACCAGUGGUUUACCAGAAAGCAAAGGAGCAAGUCUUCAAGAUAUGGACAACUCUUCAGCCACUGCUCACUGUUCACGUCGGGCUGGCUUCAUCCGCCACGGCACUCCUCAUCCUCGAGCAGUGUGGGAAGAACAAAGGCUACCAAGAGCUGGAUGCUGGUGGGUUUCGCCCAGAAGGUGGCUGUUGCAUGCUAGAUGGCCCAGAAAAGAUUGAAUCUGCCAUCAACAUGAAGACUCUUUGGAAAAACCUCUCGGUGGAGGGGAUGGACAUCGCCUUCUCCAGAGAUGCGGGGAGGUACAUUUGUGAUUACACCUACUACGCUUCGCUGUACUACGGCGAUGGGAGAGCAGCUUUCAUCCACGUGCCCCCGCUGUCCACAGCCGUAACAGCAGAGCUUCUAGGAAAAGCAUUACAGACAAUUAUCUCAGAAAUGUUAAAGCAGUGUGGGGAAGAGAGGAAGAUGGAUCAUUGA